ACUGGAUCAGUAGUCUUCUCUUCUCCAUCCUCCUGCCACCUGCCACCUGCUGAAAAUAUGACUGCUGCCGGCGCCGUCUCCCUGCGGAUGCUGCUGCUCUGUGCAGCCGCCCUCCUGACUGUGGCUCCUGCCGCGGAGGCCAUCAGCCGGCCCCUGCCGCCGUACGUGGGUCUGCCCACGCAGGACGGCCUCACGCAUCUGUUCCUCAACUCCCGGGUGACGCGGCGCGACCCCAUGGCCUCGGUGGCCUGCUUCGGCGGCUACAUCGGCGAGUCCAACCAGAUCGCAGAGAUCUACAGCGCGAACUACAGCACCUGUGCCAAGGAGGCGCAGAACUCGCGCAAGGGCAUCGACAGCGACUUCAUACCCACUCGCCGGACCAUCGAGCGCUCGGCGGGCAGGGUGUGCGAGGACCUGAGGAAGUGCAACAGCAUCAAUGGCACCCUCGACUCCUUCAACUGUCAUGCCACCGUGGGCUCCAACAACACCGUGGCCACGUACAGCAUCUCGGGGAACGCCUCGGAGUCCGCCAGCCUGCUGCAGGAGCGCUACCGUGUCGUGGAGCUCUCCCACGAGCAGUGCAUCCACAAGGCCGAGCGGCGCUACGUGGAGUCCACCGCCACCAACUACAACUAUCUGCAGGCCUGUCUGGAUGGCCGCGUGAAGCCCAAGCCCAUGCCCGUGCCCGUGCCCGAGUCCACCACGAGCACCUCCACGACCACGACCACCACCACCACCACGACCACGGAGGCGCCCACCACGGAGCCACCCACCGAGGGGCCGCCCUUCAACGUGGAGGAUCAGUUUAAGCAGCUUUUAAACUUGUUAAACUAAUGUUACGCUCCGGUUUGAGCAGGAUACGGCGAAGUCGUCCUCAUUAAAGCAACAGAGAGAACAUAGAAAGGAAAA